CUUAGUUUUGCUGUAUUUUGGUGCAUGUUGUGUUUUAUCUACAGUGACAUUAACGGGAUGGCUUCAGGUUUGUCACUGUGUUCCAUUGUUUUGGCCCUGAUGUUGGUUUCCAUGCAAUGCCCCAGGGAUCUGGAAGCGUACCCAUUGCUGCCUCUGUCUGAUCUGUUCGCCAAGGCUGUGCACAGGGCACAGCAUCUGCAUCUCGUUGCUGCAGAGACCUGCAAAGAUUUCGAACGAAAAUAUAUCCCAGAAGAGCAGCGCCAUUCCCACAAGAGUUCGCCUUCUGUUUUCUGUCAGUCUGAGACUAUCCCAGCACCUACUGGCAAGGAAGAUGCCCAACAAAGAUCGGACAAGGAGCUGCUGCUGUACUCGCUGCUUCUCAUUCAGUCCUGGCUCAAUCCAAUUCAGAACGGUAGGGCUUUCAGGACCUCGGACAGAGUCUAUGACAAAUUAAGGGACCUGGAAGAAGGCAUCUAUGCUCUGAUGAAAGCUCUAGAAGAUGGAGGUUCUUCACAAGGUUUUGCCUGGCUGAAAUUUUCCUAUGACAGGUUCAAUGGAGACCUAAGUGAGGAAGCUUUGAUGAAAAACUAUGGCCUCCUGGCUUGUUUUAAGAAGGAUAUGCACAAAGUUGAAACCUACCUGAAAGUUAUGAAUUGCAAACGCUUUGCAGAGAGUAACUGUACUGUGUAGUGUAAGGUUAUAAACAAAAUCAGUGAGGAAAACUCAAA